AUGGUGAUGGCGGUGAUGGCCGUCACGGUUGUCAUGACGGCCCUGGUGAUGGCGGUGAUGGCGGUGAUGAAAGCACCUCCCCAGAGACCACCACCCCAAAGACCACCUCCACCGCCUCCAUCCCCCUUCCUGGGUGUGGCCUGCGCUGAGGCCCCCCUGGAAUUGUCCCACGACGACGAGGACGGUGGUCCCAGCCUGAGCCUGGCUGCACUGGACACCUCAACCCUUGACCUCUUUGAUGACAUUCUGCUCACUCCUGCUUGUCCCUUGGUGGAUCCUGACGGCUUCUGCCAGACUCUCCCCGAUGCUACUCCCCAGGAGGGGUCUGAAUUCGUCUCUCAUGCCCCAGGCCUAGGAGACCAGAGACAGCCAACCCCAAUCCCAAUGCAGCCUCUAAGGUUCUCCAAUCCCCUGUCCCCUCCCCAGAAUGCCCAUGGGGGAAGCCUGGAGCCUGCAGCUCUAGACUGGGGUUGGGAGGCACCUUGUGCCUGGGAUCCUCAGGGAACCCUGGAGGCCUGGGGAACCCUUUGAAACCUGUUCAUGACACAGGCCAAACCCCUCUCAGGCCUGACCCAACUCUCCCCUCUUGAGGGACCUGAGGAUAUAUAGCUCAGUUGUAGAGUGCUUGCCUAGCACUCAAGAAGCCCUGGGUUCCAGCACCAGGAAAGGUAAACCUGUAAAAACAAACCAAUCCCAGACCCCCUCACUGUGUACCACAGUCCAGAGUUCUGCUCCCAGACCCAGGGCCAUCUCAGUCCAUUUUGAGGACCCCUUGCAGUCCCUGCCCAUGAAUUUUCCUUUCUCCCUUCCCAGCUCGGACUGCUCCCCUCCCCCACCCCACUCCUCUCUGCCUGGUGUCUGCUCUCUCUCUCUCUCUCUCUCUCUCUAAUAGUCCCCUGUUCCAUCGAGGAGUGCUGGCAUGGGUUCUGGCCCAAAACUGAAGCAGAUAAUGUAGAACAAGGUCC